AUGCAGGGUGCCGAAGUGCAGUUGCCGAACCAGCAAUUACUGCAGCCAAUGCAGCCAAUGCAAUUGCCGGCUGAGUUGUUGGCGCAACUUCAGAUCCAGUUGCAAGCGCAGCUGCAGGAGCAAAUUCAGAGUGGCAUUUUGUCGUUCGCGGAGCAACGGAAGGCGCAGCAGACACCGUCGCCGGCGCAGACAGCAGCUGCGACGAUGCCGCUGGAGGGCAUCUCGCCGAUGCUGCCGACGCGCAUCCAGCCUCUCUCGAUUCCGCCGCAAAUGCAGGGACUGUCGCCAACGGCCGACCAAAAAGAGACCCAGGUCCGACAAGAGCUCCGAACGUCGGCGAUUCGAACACCAGAGGCGUUGCGGUCGGUGGAGCGUCGAGUAACAGGCGACACGGGAGGCGCUGGUGUUAAUACAGCUAGUGUUGGUACAGCUAGUGUUAAUACAGGGGCUGUGGGGGAUGUCAGCAAUCCGAUAGUGGGUGGCAGCCAUGUGGUGGCGGGUUGUAGUGUAGCGGAGGGUUCGAAGAUGAUGAUGGUAUCACAGCCGCAGACUGAGAACGUGCGGCGGUAUGAGUUGACUACGAAUAAGGGUGAUGUGCGAGUGGUGGAGAAGAUUGAAUUGUUACCGAGCCCCCGGAUUGAAUUGUUGAGAAGCUUUCUGAGUGCGGAAGAGUGCGAGACAUUGAAUGACUUGUUGGCGGAGGUUGACCAGAUACCACAUAUCCCGAAUAACUUGUUGGCUUCAGAAGAUCUACAACACAACUUAUUGGAGAAGUGGAUCGGGCAGAUCGUGAAUCGAAUAGCUCAAAUAUGUGACGUCCCCGAUGAAUCUAUUGUUGGUCUCUGCCCAUCCGUUGUUCAUAAAGGCGCCGUUGACGCAACGAAGGAAUUUAGCACCAUAAUCCGAAUCUACCUUGACGAACCACAAAAAACAGCAGCCAGCUCAGAUUUCCCCGACCUAGGCCUUAGCAUCACCCCCAAAUUAGGUGCCGCACUACGCUGGGAUUGCAAAGAUCAAGACGGAUCUAAGACCCAGCUAACUAAACAUAAAGAAAUACUUGUACAAAACUGCACACGCAGAUUCCUUACCGCCUACCUCAUCUAA